UGGCAGCCCUGAAGCGACUAAAGCGAAUAGGACGAUGAGCACUCCAUCUGACGCUGCCCCGCCCACCAGCGCCGCCGCCCCCAUCAGCAAGAACGAGCUUAAGCGUCGUCUUAAGGCUGAAAAGGCGGCCAAGGCCAAGGCUGAGAAGGCUGCCAAGAAGGCUGCCGAGGCCGCAUCCAAGCCCAAGAAGGCUGCUGCUACCGACGAUGAGGAGCUAGACCCCACCGCCUACUUUGCCAACCGCGAGAAGACUCUUGUAGAGCUGGAGAAGCAGGGAAUUAACCCGUACCCUCACAAGUUCCACGUGUCCACGUCGCUGCCCGAGUUCCACGUCCAGUUCAGCGACUCCGAGCCCGGCAGCCACCUCUCGGAUGUGAUCGUGUCUGUGGCUGGCCGUCUGCACAGUAAGCGCGCAUCAGGCUCCAAGCUCGUCUUCUACGACCUGCGUGCGGAUGGCAAGAAGCUGCAGAUCAUGUCGGAUGUGGGUACGUACGAGAGUCCUGAGGCUUUUGCCCAGAUCCACAGCAUCCUCCGACGUGGUGACAUUGUGGGCGUCAAGGGCCACCCGGGCAAGUCCAAGAAGGGUGAGCUGUCUAUCUUCCCUCAGCAACUGGUGCUGCUCUCUCCGUGCAUGCACAUGUUGCCCAAGAGCCACGCUGGUCUGACACUGCAGCAAGACACUCGCUACCGCCAGCGCUACCUGGAUCUGAUCAUGAACGACGACAGCCGUGGUGUGUUCCAGACUCGCGCCAAGAUCAUCAAUUUUAUUCGUCGUUUUCUAGAUGAAAAGAACUUUCUAGAAGUCGAGACCCCCAUGAUGAACAUGAUCGUGGGUGGAGCGACGGCCAAACCUUUCGUGACGUACCACAACGAUCUGCACAUGAACCUGUUCAUGCGUGUGGCCCCCGAACUUUACCUCAAGCAGCUGGUGAUCGGCGGACUCGACCGCGUCUACGAGAUCGGACGUCAGUUCCGUAACGAGGGUAUCGAUCUGACGCACAACCCCGAGUUCACUAGCUGCGAGUUCUACAUGGCCUAUGCCGACUACAACGACCUCAUGACAAUGACGGAGAAGCUCUUCUCGGAGAUGGUCAAGGAGAUUACGGGUGGGUACACCAUUACGAUCCAGAAGGAGCCUGGUGAGGAAGCCGUGACGAUCGACUUUACGCCGCCGUUCAAGCGUGUGAGUAUGGUGUCGGCAGUGGAGGAGGCUACAGGUGUCAAGGUCCCCAUUGAUGAGCCGGAGAAAUGUGUAGCUAUCCUGGAGGAACUCGUGACCAAGUACGAACUCGAGUGCGCUCCGCCUCGCUCCAUCGCGCGCCUGCUUGACAAGCUGGUGGGUCACUUUAUCGAGGACAACAAGGCCUACUGGACCAAGCCUUUCUUCAUCAUGGACCAGCCUGUGUACAACUCACCUCUGGCCAAGUAUCACCGCGAGAAGCCUGCACUUACCGAGCGUUUCGAGCUGUUCCUGGCUGGCGCGGAGAUCUGCAAUGCCUACACAGAACUCAACAACCCCAAGGUGCAGCGCGAGCGCUUCAUCGAGCAGAUGGAGCAGGCUGCCGCUGGUGACGACGAGGCCCAGCCGCACGACGAGUCCUUCUGUACUGCUAUGGAGUACGGUCUGCCGCCCACUGCCGGCUGGGGCUGUGGUGUCGACCGUCUCACCAUGUUCCUGUCCAACCGCUUCAAUAUCAAGGAAGUGCUGCUCUUCCCUGCCAUGAAGCCGGACGAGCAGGCUGCCCCGGCCCCGUCGGCUGGCGGUUCGGCUUCACUCAUCUCGGCCACAGGCUCGGUGGCUCUGGAUGUGCUGGAGAAGCGUUUGGCCGGCUCCACGUUCGUGAACGGCUCGUCCCCGUCGAAGGACGACACAGCCGUGUUUGAACGUGUCAAGGUGGUGGGCAAGGACAUCCUCAAGAAAUACCCGAACGUUGAGAAGUGGCUGGACUUCGUGACGGCGUUCCCGAACGAGCUGCGUGCCAAGUGGUAA